CACUCGAGUGUACGCUCUCGCUUCGUGUUGUCGGGCAGACCCAGAGCACGUAGGCAGGGCGGCGAGAGGCUCCAUCCGUAACCACUAACCGCGACUGCAAAGAAAACGCGAACGCGGCCCGGCCACCGCUUUUUCCGCGCAGUUGACGGAUUUCUUGUGACCUCUCCCGCCUUUCUUUGCUAUAAUGUCGGUAGGUAACGAGUCGGGGUUCUCCAGCGAGGAGGUGCUCAGCGUCCGUUUCCCUCUUCACCGCGCGUGUAGGGAUGGAGACGUCGAAGUGCUGUGCGCCCUACUCCGGGGCAUCACCCACCCGGCCGACCUGACGGUGGAGGACACUUUUUACGGCUGGACACCCAUCCACUGGGCCGCUCACUUCGGAAAGCUGGAGUGUGUGAUGCGUCUGGUUCAGGUGGGCUGUAGUGUGAACGCUGUGACCUCAAGGUUUGCACAGACGCCCACUCAUAUUGCCGCGUUUGGGGGCCACCCCAAGUGCUUGUUGUGGUUACUUCAAGUUGGCGCAGAUAUCAACAGACAGGACUAUGUGGGCGAGGCGCCCAUCCACAAGGCUGCUCGAGCAGGCAGUCUGGAGUGCAUCAACGCUCUCUUGAUUCAGGGAGCGAAAGCUGAUAUGAGGAAUGCCAGUGGGCUGACUGCCGCUGACCUGGCCCAUGCCCAGGGCUUCCGUGAGUGUGCUGAGGUCCUUUCCAAUGCCCAGAACCGUCAACAGAACCUGGCUCAGUCCAAUGGCCAGCUCACUGGGUUUUGCCUUAACGGCACUUCCCAGAAUGGGGAACACUCUUCCCCCACUAUCCAGGGACGAAGCCUCCUGAAUGGGGCGCCUAACAGAAAAAGAUCCUUUGAUGGCAUGGAAGUCAAUCAAAUCAAGAAGGCAAGAACGAAUGGUCUGGGCAUGCCACCAGGAAUUCAGAAUGGGAACGGGCAACUGGGUCAUGAUGGAGAGGUCCAGAUGGAAAGCAUGAACAUGGAGUUGGCGGCAGCUGUGAGCUCAGCAGCAGGUGAAACACUCUUUGGAGAUAUUACCUCAAAUGGUCACAGCCAACCACAACCCCCAAAUGUGUGCGACCCAACACUGGAAAUCAUCCAUUACCACCAUCAUGUCUACAGAGACACGCCUGAGACCAUCUCCAACAGCAGUGCAGGCAGCCAAGUGGAGCACCAGAAGUCCGUGAAAGCGGAGCAGUUUUAUGACCACGCUCUCUUCAGCACUAUGCUGCUUUACCACGGCUCCUAAGGUCCAGCGGAUCUGAUUACUGGGCUGUGUGUUCUUUGUGCAAAGCUUGAUGUAAGCCUAAAUAAUCGUUCAUCUGCCUUAAAGCCAUCCAGUGUCUGGUUCAUUUCCUUGUGAUUUAGGUUAAUUGUUGUAAAGGGCAGACCCAGAUUUCUGAAGUCCUUGGGGUAGGUCUGUUUUUGUUUUUUGGGGGUUUUUUUUCUCUUGGAUUUAUAAAUGUUUCAUGGUUAAGUCCUCUUUUAAGUCAAUUUCUGUUUGCAUUAUCAGAGGAAGCGUGUUAAACUAUAUAUAUAUAUAAAAACCAUGGGUCGGACCCAUGGCAUGGAAACUAGCAUCAAUGUACUGAACUAGUGCCGUUUUGUCAUAAACCUUGUCUCACAUCGCAGCGGGAAGUAUACGCUUUUCCUCCUCUCACUGAGUUCCUGAUAUUAAUAAAACAAUUGCUGAAAUGCAUCCAGUUUUAUUCCCCUAUGCAAAUAAUGCGGGCUUAUGAGACAAACUGCUCAGACUUAAGUAGUGCUAUUUUUAAUACACAUUUUUAAGAAUUUUCAAGGCUACUGAUAGUGUGCACCUGUCCAGUCCAGGUGAAACCUCUGCAUGAUAUGUUUGAAUCCACACCUAGCGACUGAUGACAUCAGAGCAUCUCUCAUUCUCGGUUGUGUUGGUACCCCGUUUGUGUCCCUGCUCUGCUGUACUCUGGCAGACUGCUCAAAAUACAAUUUCUGCUUGA